UUAAAUACAUAAACGGUCCCAAAUGAUAGCAUAUGUAGUCUUACGAAACUGCGGCGUCGCUCGCUUUCUCUGGAGUGUGCGCACUACAGAGUGGACGAGCUCCUCUCCUCUAAAGCAUCUACGUCCAUUUUCACUGGCAGUUUCUGAUUCGUUUCUCCCACGUUGUCGCAAGCACAGACGCGCAGUGACCCGUGAACCCUUCACCGACCGGGACGGGCUCUCGGUUACCGAACCCUGUGGAACCGGGGCGGUUUGGUGGUGUUUUAAUCCGGGAUGGCGUUCAUGGAGCAGCAGCCGCAGCCGAUGUCCGGCAGGAAGCCGCCGCUGGACGACACCGUGCCGCUGAUCACCGUGAUCGAGGCCAGCCAGAGUUUACAGUCACACACGGAGUACAUCAUUCGUGUACAGAGGGGAGUUUCCACAGACAACAGCUGGACGGUCAUCCGGCGAUACAGCGACUUUGACAUGCUGAAUAAUAGUUUACUGAUCUCCGGCCUCAACCUGCCGCUUCCUCCUAAGAAGCUGUUAGGAAACAUGGACCGAGAGUUUAUAGCCGAGCGUCAGAAGGGUCUUCAGGCUUAUCUGAACUACAUCACACGUCAUCACAUCCUCUCCAGCUGUGAGCUGGUCAAAAAGUUUCUCGACACUAACAAUUACUCUGCAAACUACACAGAAAUAGCCUUACAGCAGGUGUCCAUGUUCUUCAGAUCCGAUCCAAAAUGGGAGGUUAUUGAGCCGUUAAAAGAUAUUGGCUGGCGAUUGAGAAAGAGGUACUUCUUAGUCAAAGACAAAGAUCAACCCAAAGACAAACAAGUAUUAAGUUGGGUGGAUUUGGGUCCAGAUAAGUUCCUGUCUGACAAAGAUCUCCUGUCUGCAGUGAAGCUGCUUCCAACUUUGUCUCAUUCAAACAUCGCUCCCGUCAGUUUCGCUACCACCAGUGAAUCAUCUGCUCUAGUCAUUCGGGUUUUCAGCGAGAAAGGGACGCUUAGGGAUCACAUCUGCAAGGUGAAGCCCAAAGAGCCCUUUCUGAAGAAGUACUGCAAUCCCAAAAAGAUCCAGGGAUUGGAGCAGCAGCAGAUCCGAACCUACGGAAGACAGAUUCUGGAGGCAUUAAAAUUUCUCCAUGACAAGGGUUUUCCGUAUGGACAUCUUCAUGCGUCUAACGUCCUGAUUGAGGAGAACGCGUGUAAAUUGUUGGAUAUAGAGAAUUCGUUACUGGGACUGCCGUCAUAUUACCGACCCUAUGUAACACAGUUCAGGAAAAUGAAUACAACAGAAAGCAUAGACGUCUACUCGUUUGGACAUUUGCUUUAUGAAAUGACGUACGGCCGCCCGCCUGACGCUGUGCCUGUGGAUCAGUAUCCUCCGCCUCCGUUCUCAUCCGUAGGUCAGUUAUUCAAUGACGUGCUGCUGUUUAACUCUGAGAAACCCCAGUUUAAGAUCAGUUCCAAAUUAAAGGAGGCCCUGAAAUCGUCCAAGGAAUGCUUGGAGAAGCACUUAGUGGAGGAACAGAGGACAAUCCACCAGCACAAGAGGCUGACGCGAGCGCAGUCGCACCACGGCUCAGAGGAAGAGAAGCGGAAAAGGAAGAUCUUGGCCAGAAAGAAAUCGAGACAGUCGACGUAUGAAAAUGAGGAGGAUCUUUCUGUCAAAUACAAUAACAACUCUGCAGGUUCUGGGGCGAGUUCACCUCCAACCUGCCCGUCCUCACCCACUCCUCUGCCUGGAUCAGGAGCACCUCUAGCACCUCCUCUUCCUCCCCCCGCUCCUCCUCCUCCUCCCGGGAACGAAGCCGUCCCUCCAUCUCUCUUGCCUCCUAGUGCCAACGGUGUGGGCAGGAGCGCCCUCCUCAGCUCCAUCCAGUCCUUCAGCAAAGGCAAACUGAAAAAAUCAGAGACUGUUGACCGCAGCAUCCCACGUUUGUGAAAAAGAAAACAACGCUUGUCUUUGUUUUAGUGCAAUUCGUCCACUCGAAAGUCUUUUAGCAAUUUACGUCUAGCAGUGAAAAUUUACUGUUUGUACCUGAACUUCUUCAGUGUUUGUUUUGUUCGUUAGUUUUAUUCACAGCCCUGCAUUGUUUUGUUUUGUUUUGUUUUAAGCUGCUCGACGUAACCUAAACAGUUCUGCUUGGACCAGCUGUCGCAUUUACAAAAUGGACUUGAACACUCAUUCGAACGGAAAAAAUCUUCAUUUUAAAGGACUGACUUUUGAAAGCGAGGGCACAAGAUGGUGGAGAAUGCGGGCAGCACAUUUACUAUGAAUGACAAAGUAACUGGAUUUUAUUGUCGGUUCAUAAAAUAAGUCAUAUUUGAUUCUGAUAUUUUAAUCCAACUUUGGUAACGGUUCAUUUCGAGGGGGUUUGGGAUGAUGCUUUUUAAGCGUUUGUCACAUUUACCAUUGUGCCUACAAAAGCUGAGAGCAUUCUUUGUUCUCUUCGUUUUUCUCCCGGGAACGAAGCCGUCCCUCCAUCUCUCUUGCCUCCUAGUGCCAACGGUGCAGGCAGGAGCGCCCUCCUCAGCUCCAUCCAGUCCUUCAGCAAAGGCAAACUGAAAAAAUCAGAGACUGUUGACCGCAGCGUCCCACGUUUGUGAAAAAGAAAAAAACGCUCGUCUUUGUUUUAGUGCAAUUCGUCCACUCGAAAGUCUUUUAGCAAUUUACGUCUAGCAGUGAAAAUGUACUGUUUGUACCUGAACUUCUUCAGUGUUUGUUUUGUUCGUUAGUUUUAUUCACAGCCCUGCAUUGUUUUGUUUUGUUUUGUUUUAAGCUGCUCGACGUAACCUAAACAGUUCUGCUUGGACCAGCUGUCGCAUUUACAAAAUGGACUUGAACACUCAUUCGAACGGAAAAAAUCUUCAUUUUAAAGGACUGACUUUUGAAAGCGAGGGCACAAGAUGGUGGAGAAUGCGGGCAGCACAUUUACUAUGAAUGACAAAGUAACUGGAUUUUAUUGUCGGUUCAUAAAAUAAGUAAUAUUUGAUUCUGAUAUUUUAAUCCAACUUUGGUAACGGUUCAUUUCGAGGGGGUUUGGGAUGAUGCUUUUUAAGCGUUUGUCACAUUUACCAUUGUGCCUACAAAAGCUGAGAGCAUUCUUUGUUCUCUUCGUUUUUUUCCUGCGGAAAUUUUGAGCUACAUUGUUCGUAUUUUCUUUCAGAACAAAGUAAUAUUUGUAUUCCUGUUCUGCAAGAUCACAAUCAAAAUGUUGCACAAAUAGCAACAUUUAUACAAUGCGUUUAGCAUUUACGCCCCUUAACAACACAGUUUCUGUGUCAGAAGAUCAAUGGCUUUGAUUUACCACUGACAUGAUUGUAUAAUGACCAUUGUGAUGGCUGUUGCGGCCUGGUAGAGAAUUUCAGAAUUUCAUUUCUCUGGUAGAGAAUUUCAAGCAAGUGAAAUGGAAGUGAUUUCUUGUUUUGCACACAUAUAGGAAGAAAGAUACUUCUGUAAUUCAUAUUCAUCGCGGGGUCCUGUUGAAAACCAGAUCCAUUUGUAAUCUAGAACGAUGUACAGUGAUUGAUGCACAAUAGUUCAUCUUUUGCUCCUGUAACAGUAAACUCAUUUGUAUAUAGAUUCUUACAGACACUGAAAACAUUACAGCUAAAUACAGAAAUGCAUAUUCCUGGCUUUAUCGUGGGGGAAGAGUUUAAUAAUGUUUUCAUUACCGCUACAGCACUUUACCGCUGAAUAUUUAGCAGUGGUCUGGAGGAGAAGAAAUCUUCUCAAGUUUACACAGAGAUUUAUGUAUGUCUGAGAACAAUAGAGGAAUCAGUAUGUUUGAUGAUGAAGAAAAUUGCCACUUAUUUUCCCCUCUGUACAGUUUCCACUGAAGUUGGACAUCCUCAAAAUGCUACAAUUUUUUUCCCCUGUUCUAAAAAACGUAUAUUGGCAAUAU